AGCCCGGCGGGCUGUGCCGCGCCAAGCCGCCGCUGGCGCUGCUGGGAAGAUGGACGUGGCGCUGUGGUACGUGUGGCCGCUGCUCCUCUGCAGCCCCUGCCUGCUGAUCCAGAUUCCCGACGAAUUGAUGGAGCCCCCCGUCAUCACCGAACAGUCUCCACGACGUGUGGUUGUCUUCCCAACAGAUGACAUCAGCCUCAAGUGUGAAGCCAGAGGCAAACCGGAAGUGCAGUUUCGUUGGACAAAGGAUGGCAUCCACUUCAAGCCCAAGGAAGAAGUGGGGGUGACCGUGCACGAAUCACCCCACUCUGGCUCCUUCACCAUCACAGGCAACAACAGCUUUGCCCAGAGGUUCCAGGGCAUCUAUCGCUGCUUUGCCAGCAACAAGCUGGGCACUGCAAUUUCUCAUGAGAUCCAGCUCAUGGCAGAGGGUGCCCCCAAGUGGCCAAAGGAGACAGUGAAGCCUGUGGAGGUGGAGGAAGGGGAGUCGGUGGUUCUGCCUUGCAACCCUCCACCCAGUGCGGAGCCGCUCCGGAUCUACUGGAUGAACAGCAAGAUUUUGCACAUCAAGCAGGAUGAACGGGUGACAAUGGGCCAGAAUGGCAACCUCUACUUUGCCAAUGUACUCACCUCAGACAACCACUCAGACUACAUCUGCAAUGCCCACUUCCUGGGCACCCGGACCAUCAUUCAGAAGGAGCCCAUUGACCUCCGGGUGAAGGCCACCAACAGCAUGAUUGACAGGAAGCCACGCCUGCUCUUCCCCACCAACUCCAGCAGCAACCCAGUGGCCUUGCAGGGGCAAUCAUUGGUCCUGGAGUGCAUCGCUGAGGGCUUCCCCACACCCACCAUCAAGUGGCUACGUCCUGGUGGCCCCAUGCCAGCAGACCGUGCCAUCUACCAGAACCACAAUAAGACUCUGCACUUGCUGAAUGUGGGCGAGGAGGAUGACAGCAGCGAGUAUCAGUGCCUGGCUGAGAACUCGCUGGGCACUGCCCAGCAUGUCUACCAUAUCAACGUGGAGGCCUCCCCAUACUGGCUCCAUAUGCCUCAGAACCAUUUGUAUGGGCCAGGAGAGACUGCCCGCUUGGAUUGCCAGGUCCAGGGCAGGCCCCAACCUGAGGUCACCUGGAAAAUCAACGGGAUCCCUGUGGAGGAGCUGCCCAAGGACCAGAAGUACCGGAUCCAUCAGGGCACUCUGACCCUCAGCAACCUGCAACCCAGCGACACAAUGGUGACCCAGUGUGAGGCCCGUAACCAGCAUGGGCUCCUGCUGGCCAACGCCUACAUCCAUGUUGUCCAGUUGCCAGCCAGAAUCCUCACAGGAGACAACCAGACAUACAUGGCAGUUGAGGGCAGCAUUGCCUACCUGCUGUGUAAGGCCUUCGGGGCCCCUGUGCCCAGUGUCCAGUGGCUGGACGAGGGAGGGACCACAGUACUUCAGGACGAACGGUUCUUCCCCUAUGCCAAUGGGACCCUGGGCAUCCGAGACCUCCAGGCCAAUGACACUGGACGCUAUUUCUGCCAGGCUGCCAAUGACCAGAACAAUGUGACUAUUGUGGCUAACCUGCAGGUUAAAGAAGCAACCCACAUCACACAGGGGCCCCGGAACGCAACUGAGAAGAAAGGCUCAAGGGUGACAUUUACGUGUCAGGCCUCCUUUGAUCCCUCCUUGCAGCCCCGCCUCGCCUGGCGUAGGGAUGGGCGAGACCUCCAGGAACUUGGGGACAGUGACAAGUACUUCAUAGACGACGGGCGCCUAGUCAUCCACAACCUAGAAUACAAAGACCAGGGCAACUACAGCUGCGUCGCCAGCACUGAGUUGGACGAGGUGGAGAGCAGGGCUCAGCUCUUGGUGGUGGGGAGUCCUGGGCCGGUGCCUCUGCUGGAGCUGUCCGAUCAUCACCUGCUAAAACAGAGCCAGGUGCACCUGUCUUGGAGCCCUGCUGAAGACCAUAACGCCCCCAUUGAGAAGUAUGACAUUGAAUUUGAGGACAAGGAAAGGGCGCCUGAGAAAUGGUACAGUCUGGGCAAGGUGCCAGGGAACCAGACCUCUGCCACCCUCAAGCUGUCGCCAUAUGUCCACUACACCUUUAGGGUCACUGCCAUCAACAAAUAUGGCCCUGGGGAACCUAGCCCAGCCUCUGAGACUGUGGUUACACCUGAGGCAGCCCCUGAGAAGAACCCAGUGGAUGUGAAAGGGGAGGGGAAUGAAACCAACAAUAUGGUCAUCACUUGGAAGCCCCUCCGGUGGAUGGACUGGAACGCCCCCCAGGUUCAGUAUCGUGUACAGUGGCGUCCGCAGGGCACUCGGGGGACCUGGCAGGAACGGACCGUGAGCGACCCUCUGCUAGUGGUUUCUAACACAUCCACCUUCGUGCCUUAUGAGAUCAAAGUCCAGGCGGUCAAUAGCCAGGGCAAGGGCCCUGAGCCUCAGGUCAUCAUUGGCUACUCCGGAGAGGACUACCCCCAGGUGAGCCCUGAGAUAGAAGUCAUCGAGGCCCUCAACUCAAGCACUGUGCUGGUCAAGUGGUGGCCUGUGGACUUGGCACAGGUCAAGGGUCACCUCCGUGGAUACAAUGUGACAUACUGGUGGACAGGCAGUCAGAGGAAGCACAGCAAGCGGCAUGUCCACAAAGGCCACGUGGUGGUACCUGCCAACACCACUAGGGCCAUCCUCAGUGGCCUGCGGCCCUACAGCUCCUACCACCUGGAGGUGCAAGCCUUUAAUGGGCGGGGGCUGGGGCCUGCCAAGGAGUUGACCUUCAUCACCCCAGAGGGAGUGCCUGGCCACCCUGAGUCACUGCACCUGGAGUGCCAGUCAGACACCAGCCUGCUGCUACACUGGCAGCCCCCACUCAGCCACAAUGGUGUUCUCACUGGCUACGUGCUGUCCUACCACCCCUUGGAUGUGGGAGGCAAGGAGCAAUUGUCCUUCGAUCUCCCUGACCCAGAGCUUCGGACACACAACCUGACCAACCUCAGCCCCUCGUUGCGCUACCGCUUCCAGCUUCAGGCCACCACAAGCCAGGGCCCUGGCGAGGCCAUUGUUCGAGAAGGAGGCACCAUGGCCUUGUCUGGGAGUCCAGAUUUUGGCAACAUCUCAGCUAUGGCAGGUGAGAACUACAGCAUCAUCUCCUGGGUUCCUAGGGAGGGCCAGUGCAAUUUCCAAUUCCACAUCCGGUUCAAACCUCCAGCAGAGGCGAAGGGGAGUGCUUAUCUCCAGUCACAGUCAGUCAGCUACAACCAGAGCUCCUACACACAGAAGGACCUGCAGCCCGACACCGAGUAUGAGAUCCAUCUGAUUAAGGAGAGCAAGAUCCUGCACCAGAUGGCUGUGAAGACCAAUGGCACUGGCCGAGUGAGAAUCACUCAUCCCACUGGCUUUGGCUUCACCACCGAGGGCUGGUUCAUUGGCUUUGUCAGUGCCACCAUUCUCUUGCUCCUCAUUUUGCUCAUCCUCUGCUUUAUCAAGCGCAGCAAGGGUGGCAAAUAUUCAGUGAAGGACAAGGAGGACACCCAGGUGGACUCUGAAGCCCGGCCAAUGAAAGAUGAAACCUUUGGCGAAUACAGGUCCCUGGAGAGUGACAAUGAGGAGAAGGCCUUUGGCAGCAGUCAGCCAUCUCUCAACGGAGACAUCAAGCCGUUGGGCAGUGAUGACAGCCUGGCUGAUUAUGGGGGCAGUGUGGAUGUACAGUUCAAUGAGGAUGGCUCCUUCAUCGGCCAGUACAGUGGCAAGAAAGAGAAGGAGGCAGCAGGCGGCAAUGACAGCUCAGGGGCCACCUCCCCCAUCAACCCUGCUGCAGCCCUAGAAUAGUAAGGGCCAGCCGGAUGAGGCGGGAUGUGCUUGGCCCAUGGCCAGAGUGCAGGAGGGCCAGUGGCCAAGACACCCCGGCCCGAUGCCUGUGUGGAGGCCCCUCCCUCAUGUCCUCCCAGGCCCGCAGGAGGCUGAGUUGGGGCCGAAGAGAGGAACUCGCAGCCUCACAUCCCCUUCUUACCACCCACUCCCCACUUUAUUGCCAAAACCCAGCUGUACCCCUUCUGGGCACGAGCUGCUUUGCCUCAGUCUAGGGCAGAUCACCCACAUGUCAGGGACCUUCAGGUUCUGCUUUGCCAACCUGUUUGGACAGAAAGGCCAUGGUUUGGGAUGAGAGACAAAAGGGGUGGUGUGGGAGGUGUCUUUAAGAUGCCAUCCUUCUUGCUCCCUGACUGGGGGGGGGAAGAAUUCUGGGGGUCUCCUCAGAACCAGGGUUGGCAUCUCUCCCUUGCCCAGCCACUCCCUUGGCCUAGCUUGACUGUGGACAGAACUCGGUGUCUCUGCCAUCUGUUCUUGUUUUCUUUGCUAUUUCUGUUCCAGUUAGGAUGGGAACUGGACAGGCUGGCCACAGAUAGGGGGGGCAUCUGGAGGGCUCGGAACCUCUGCUCCCCAAGACCACACCAGGUCCACAUGCCUCCUGCCACCCACUCCACCUUUCAGGAGCUCCAUACACACGCUGCCUUUGGUACCCACCACACAACAUCCAAGAGGCCUCUGUCACUGCUGGGGAAGGGCACCUCUCCUUCUCCCAGCCCUCACUGCAACCCCAGCCCCCUUAGCAACCUCCCCAUCCCCAGUUCUCUUCCUCAGCCUCCUGUCCCCCACCUUGGUAAUGUAAAUACACCGUGACUUUGAAAGUUUGUAUCCUUGCCCCUUCCCCAUACGCCACUAGUGUGUAGGCCGAUGUCUGAGUCUCUAGGUACUUUCUAGGUUUUAUAGCAAUUAGCUUUGAUGAUCCCAUCCCAGGAAAAAGAAAAACAGACAAAAAAAAAAAGAAAAAGAAAGGAAAGAUUGGUUCUCCCGGCACUGCUGUGUCCCCUGCCCAGCAGCCACGGCCUCCCUGUAUGCCUUUGCUUGGUCUGUUGAUGAGCCCUCUACAAAAAAAACAAAAGUAUAUAUAUAUAUAUGUACAUAAAUAUCAG